AUGUCGGCUCCUGUCGGGCCGCGGGGCCGCCCGGCUCCCACCCCGGCGGCGUCUCAGCCGCCGCUGCAGCCCGAGAUGCCCGACCUCAGCCACCUCACGGAGGAGGAGAGGAAGAUCAUCCUGGCCGUCAUGGACCGGCAGAAGAAAGAAGAGGAGAAGGAGCAGUCGGUGCUCAAGGUCAAAGAAGAACACAAACCACAACCGACACAGUGGUUUCCCUUUAGUGGGUUCACUGAACUGGUAAAUAACGUUCUUCAGCCCCAGCAAAAACAACAAAAUGAAAAGGAGCCCCAGACAAAACUUCAUCAGCAGUUUGAAAUGUAUAAGGAGCAGGUAAAGAAGAUGGGAGAAGAAUCGCAGCAGCAGCAAGAACAGAAGGGUGAUGCCCCGACCUGUGGGAUCUGCCACAAAACAAAGUUUGCUGAUGGAUGUGGCCAUAACUGUUCAUAUUGCCAAACAAAGUUUUGUGCUCGUUGUGGAGGUCGAGUUUCACUACGCUCAAACAAGGUUAUGUGGGUAUGUAAUUUGUGCCGAAAACAACAAGAAAUCCUCACUAAGUCAGGAGCCUGGUUUUAUAAUAGUGGAUCUAAUACACCACAGCAACCUGAUCAAAAGGGUCUUCGAGGACUGCGAAAUGAGGAGGCACCCCAGGAGAAGAAAGCAAAACUACAUGAACAGGCUCAGUUCCAAGGACCCUCAGGUGACUUAACUGUACCUGCAGUGGAGAAAAGUCGAUCUCAUGGGCUCACAAGACAGGAUUCUAUUAAAAAUGGGUCAGGAUUGAAGCACCAAAUUGCCAGUGACAUAGCUUCAGACAGGUUGAAGGAUGAGGUGAUUUUCCAAGCAGAGUCUGUGGCCAGAGCAGGAGUGAUGAAGGGUCCACAGUCAUGUCAGAAGGCUCAGUCAGUACAAGUAAAACCUUGCGAUGCUCCUCCAAACCACUCACUGCUCCCAUGUAGAGCUAAAGCACUAGAAGACAGUCCCCUUGAAAGCCCCUCAGAAGCUGUCUCCCUGGGGACUUGCAUGCACUUGUCAACAACUCCAGCACAGCUGGCUUCUGUUCAGAAACCGGAAUGA